AUGCCGGAAUUCUCGACUGCCCCCCAGGCUCAUCAAGUUCUUUGGGACCUCGGUUCAACGCAGCGUCUCAUCCGUUUCCUGGCCCGAGAUGGCCAUACCUACUACGGCGAUGCCAUCCUGGCCCCUGGGGCUGUCGACCUGACCGGCGUGACCAAGGCCAGGGUGAUCCAAGGUGACAUCUUUGGUCGGCAUCGUGUCACAGACCAAAUCGCCGAAGUAGGAGCAUUCUUGGCACCAUUGGCAAGAGCGGAUAUUGGCACGGUUCGCUGUCUGGGGCUGAACUACGAGCAGCACGCAAAGGAGUCUAACCUGCCCACGCCCAAGUACCCCGUUCUCUUCUACAAACCAGUGACGGCUAUCUCAGGGCCGACCGAUGACAUUCCAAUCCCUCCCAUGGCACAAGAAGGCGAAGGCCUGGAUUAUGAAUGCGAGCUGGUUGUCGUGAUCGGCAAGGAGGCCAAAGACGUCCCGGAGAACCAAGCCCUAGAUUAUGUUCUCGGGUAUUCCGUCGGCAACGAUGUUUCCCAUCGGGAUUGGCAGAUUAAACGCGGCGGAGGCCAGUGGGCAUUGGGAAAGGGCUUCGAUGGCUGGGCACCUUUCGGUCCCGGCAUUGUGUCCUCCCGCCUGAUCCGCGAUCCGAAUGCUUUGCAUAUCUCGACGAAGCUCAAUGGCCAUACGGUCCAGUCUUCGUCAACUAAGGAUAUGAUCUUUAGUGUGGCAAGAACGGUUUCGUUUUUGUCGCAAGGCACCACCCUGUUGCCAGGCGAUUUGAUCUUUACCGGAACUCCCCAAGGUGUGGGAAUGGGCCGAAAACCAGCACUUUGGCUCAAGGACGGUGAUCAUGUGGAAGUGUCUCUCGAGAAAGUGGGAUCGUGUUCGAACCAGGUAGUCUUCGACCGUAUCACCCCAAAGCUUUGA